GGAAACAGCAGCUCCCCCGGGCCGGGCCCAGACUCCUGGCGGUCACGGUCACGGUCACGGUCACAGUUCCUGCGGCUACUGCAGCCACUCCCGCCUCCCGACCGGGCCUCCCUGCGGACCCUCCCCUCGCUCCCAUCCCCUCCCGCGGCUCCUCUCAGCCGCGCUCGCAGACCCUCCCUCUCCUCUCCCUCCCCCCGGGUGGCCCAGAGCUCCGCCCGCCCCGCGCUCCGGCUCCGAAGCCGCCGCCGCCAUGGGCACCGACAGCCGAGCCGCUGGGGUCCUACUGCGCCGAGCCAGCACCCUGCACCUGCAGACCGGCAACCUGCUCAACUGGGGCCGCCUGCGGAAGAAGUGCCCGUCCAGCCACCGAGAGGAGCUACGAGAUUGUAUUCAAAAAACACUGAAUGAAUGGAGCUCCCAAAUCAGCCCUGAUCUCAUUCGGGAGUUACCAGAUGUUUUGGAAUGUUCCGUAGCUCAUGCAGUAGAAAAGAUAAAUCCGGAUGAAAGAGAAGAGAUGAAAGUUUCUGCAAAACUGUUUAUUGUAGGAUCAAACUCUUCCUCCAUGAGAAGCGCCGUUGAAAUGGCUUGCUCCGCCCUGGGCAUCGCGCAGCUGGAUUCCGUGAUCAUCGCUUCACCGCCUGUGGAAGACGGCGUGAAUCUUGCCCUGGAGCACCUGCAGCCUUACUGGGAGGAGCUGGAGAACCUAGUGCAGAACAAGAAGGUGGUGGCCAUCGGCACCUCCGACCUGGACAAAGCGCAGCUGGAGCAGCUGUACCAGUGGGCACAGGUAAAACCAAACAGUAACCAAGUGAAUCUUGCUUCCUGCUGUGUGAUGCCACCCGAUUUAACAGCAUUUGCCAAGGAGUUCGACAUACAGCUGCUGACUCACAAUGAUCCCAAAGAACUGCUUUCUGAAUCAAGUUUCCAAGAAGCUCUUCAGGAGAGUCUCCCUGACAUCCGAGCAAAUGAGUGGGUGCCCCUGUGGGUACUUCGGUAUUCUGUCAUUGUUAAAAGCAGAGGGAUUAUCAAAUCAAAAGGCUAUAUCAUACAGGCCAAAAGAAGGGAUACUUAAAUUUCAGUGGAGGGUGGCCUCCUGACUUUUUAUGGCAGAAAAGUAAUUUUUUUCCAAGUUGAGAUUCCCUAAGAUAGAAAAACCAAAAGUUAUAAACUUUAAAUUGUGUCAGUGAAGCAAACCACUCUUAUUUUGACAGUAUGUUUUAAGUACUGUAUGCUAUGCUUCCUUCCUUGUCUCCAGACCAAUUCAUUCCUCUACGAAACAUUGUAUUGUUUUAAUUAAACUAUUGUUUUCUAAUAGAAAUUGUCUAUAAAGAAAAUACUUACAACAUAGUCUUUAUUUUUAUGACUAAUAUAAAUCAAGAAAAUUGUUACUAGGUAUAUUUUGACCAUAGGCAUCAGGGUGAGAUAUAUAGAGAUAGAUAUGCCUAUCUAUCUCUCUAUAUAUUUUAUUUACCAAGAAAAAUUCAUUAAUCACUUCUUAAUUCUUAAAUAAGGAUCUUUAAGUACAGUUGUUAAAACUAAAACACUGGAGAAUAUUCUUCCUAUCAUUGAUUGAAAUUACAUCUCAAAGUAAAUAGAGAAGUUGGACUCUGCUAUAUACUAUAGUGUUUUUUUUCUUUUCAAUACAUGAAUUUAACUUUUUCCCUGGCACUCUGAUCCUUAUAUUUAAGCUAUAGUGAUUUCGCCUUGUUCUUGUGCCAUAUUUCUUCUUGCUUAUGUUUCCUAUAAGAACAAACCAAUGUAACCAAAAAGAAACUGGUAGCAUUCUUAAUCACAAAUGACAGCUUUUUUUGGGAAAACAAACAGCACUUGAUAAUCUUUACACCUCUUGAACCAUCUGGAAUAAUCUGCUGCCCCCAGAUGAUUUGGAUGCCCAGUUAGCUGAGUGCAUUAUGUGCCAUUCCCUACUAAUGAUCACCACCAUUAGUGUAAAUGACUACCUAGAAGAGGUGUCUAAAGGCCACAAAUAGGAUUUUUUAAAUGCCCUGAAUUCAGAGCCAAAGUCGUAUGUAAUAACUCUUUAAGGUAUGGUCCUACUAUUCAAAAACAAGGAAUAAAAUAAUAGCAUUUUAGAAUGGAAAGGACCCUAAAAACCAUCUAAUUACAUUUUAAUUAUUUGCUAUUAGUUCUUAAAACUAAAUUUUUUUCAUAGGCAGUAUUCCAUAAUAUAGCAAUUGAAUUUUAUUAUGUCCUAAAACUUUGUAUUAACCCAAUAUUCUUGGAAUCACAUUCAAUAUAUUUGGCUAAUGAACCCAGGGGAAACUGCAGACCUCAUUUUGCUUUAGCUUUCUCAGCUUAGCUAAAAAAGACCUACAUAUAAAUAUUUAAAAUAUCUUAUACAAUCCUUUCUAGCCCAAGAAUUUUUUAUGCCAGUAGAUAACUUAUUUAAUAAUAGUUACUGCCCUGUUGAAAUAAGAUAACCUAAUUUUUAUUCCUAGAGAUGUAAUUGUUAUUCUAGACUUUGAACUUGCUUGAAGCCUUAUAGCAUUUUAUAUUCACUUUUAAUAUAGUAUGUUCUCAAAAAUAAAACUAGUUUUAGAAAUGCUAAACAUUCUUCCCAUCUAACACAUCUUUUAAACAAAAAGUUUACAAUAAUCAUUUCAACCUGUAAAAUGAAUUAUUCUCAAAAUAUAGAGAGAAGCUAAAUGUUACAUUAAUUUUUUAAAUCUUGGUCUUGUAAAAAUUGAAAUUGUUAGAUUUGGUGUUUUUUUGUUUUUAGUUGCCUUGCUAAUGCUUCUGCUGAACUCUAGGUACAUCUUGCCCUCUUUUGCUUUGAGAUUUCUAAAGAAUAUAGACUCAUUUUGUGAAAGGGGGAUCAUGUGUGUCAUUUCUUAAAUGAGCUUUUUGUUCCUUUUGUUGCUGAAUAACAAUCUAAUGUAGCUUGUUGAAUUUUUUAAAAAGCCUUUCUAAUUUAAUUGUGCUUUAUUUCUAAAAUACUUUUUUCUAAAAAUAUUAGAACAUGUGAUUACCUUUCCAUUUUUUUUUUAAUAUUUAGGACUUGUUAGAGUGACAAAACUCCAACACUAAGAAUCAUAACACUACAAAAAACCUGAGUUUUAAAAAAUAGUUAUCAAUAUCAUACAUGAUUUGUUUCUGUGGGAGAUAUGGUCAGUGACCAGAAUAUAAAUAAUUUAUAUUACUACUUCCUUCUAAUAAACUAUAAAAGAGGCUAGCAAGGUGGAAAUUGGAUUUUUCAAACUACACUGAAGAUUUACUAUACUAUAACAUAACUAGCAGAAUUGUGGCAUUGUGUAUAUAAUGGGUCUGUCUUGAACCUCAUCCAAGAGUUUUUGGUUUCCAGAAUGACCAAAGUCUCAUAACAUUGAUUCUGAAGACCACAUUAUAAUAAGGCCCCAGUAUAAUACCUAAUUAGAGAUGCCAACUGAAAAGAAAUUAAGUUAAAUAAUAAUUGGAAGUUGCUAUUUCAAACUGUGGUCAUCAAAAGUAAGUCAUUUGAAUGGCUAAGUGUAAAAAGAUAAGGCAUUUUUCUCUAGUGCAUGAAUGUCUUUUUCCUAUUUCCUAGUAAUGACUGACAUAAAUAAAACUUUGUUUUUCUAGAAGUACUGAUUAUACACAGACCAUUCGAUUAUGUAUAUUGAUAAACAGAUUUUCAUUUUAACAUUCCUGCCUAUAAAAUGUUUUCUAUAUUUGGGCAAUGUAAGAAGGUGAUAUAGAAGUGACAUGCCAACAAGUAACUUUUCCAGUCAAGAUGUACAUUUAGAGAUCAUUUUAAACUAUUUAAUUGUGAAUUAAAACUCAUUUUAAUAGAUUGAUUUGUGUUCUUGCUAUCAUCUAGAUAUCCAUUUUGACCACAUUUUUUCCAACGUUAACUAUAUAAUGUAUCAGAGCUUUUUUUUUCUAUCAGCAGAUUUAUUAAGUUGAUAAAGGGUAGUUUAGUAUGCUAGUGUGGUAUUUUAAAAAAAAACAUGUAACAUGGCUUUCAUGAUAUUUUUAUAGUUCUUCAGAAUUAUUAAUCUAUUUAAAAAAGGGGAAAUGCUUUAAUUUAGAUAGUCCUGCAUUUUCUUGCUAUAUCUCUCUUUAGAGGUGUGCUAUGAAAUAAAACAUUACAAUAUUUAUAAUAGUUUUUAAUUUUAUUUCAUGAAUUUAAUUAAAAUAAAAGUGUGAACUGAA